UCCUUUUCUCUCUCAGGGUAGCGUUCUGCGUCAGUUGCCAGAAGGUGGGGACAUUUCCUGAUGCCUUUGCAACACUGAGAAGUUGUCUUAAGGGAGGCCAGACCACAUUCUGAGCACCGGGUCAGGCAAGUGGAAGUCUGGGACAGCCCUCCUGGGAGAGACACCUGCUCACCAGUUCCUGUGUCCUGGCAGCCCUCACAGUCGCCUGCUUUGCACCUGACCAUGUCCCUGGCUGAGGCCAUCAGCCUCUGGAAUGAAGGGGUGCUGGCCGCCGACAAGAAGGACUGGAAGGGAGCCCUACACGCUUUUGACACAGUCCAGGACCCCCACUCCAGGAUUUGCUUCAACAUUGGCUGCAUGCACAUGAUCCUGGGCAACAUGCCAGAGGCGGAGAAGGCCUUCACCAAAAGCAUUAACCGAGAUAAGCACUUGGCCGUGGCCUACUUCCAAAGAGGGAUGCUCUACUACCGGAUGGAGAAAUAUGAUGCAGCUAUUAAAGACCUUAAAGAGGCCUUGACACAGCUUCGGGGGAACCAGCUGAUAGACUACAAGAUCCUGGGGCUGCAGUUCAAGCUGUUUGCCUGUGAGGUAUUAUAUAAUAUUGCUUUCAUGUUCGCCAAGAAGGAGGAAUGGAAAAAGGCUGAAGAACAUUUAGCAUUGGCUAUGAGCAUGAAGUCUGAGCCAAGACAUUCCAAAAUCGACAAGGCCAUGGAAUGUGUUUGGAAGGAGAAGCUGUAUGAGCCGGUGGUGAUCCCUGUGGGCCGGCUCUUUCGGCCGAAUGAGAGGCAAGUGGCCCAGCUGGCCAAGAAGGACUACCUGGGCAAGGCGACGGUCGUGGCUUCCGUGGUGGACCAAGACAGUUUCUCAGGAUUUGCCCCUUUGCAGCCACAGGCAGCUGAGCCUCCACCCAGACCCAAAACCCCAGAGAUCUUCAGGGCCCUGGAAGGGGAAGCUCACCGUGUGCUCUUUGGAUUUGUGCCGGAAACAGCAGAGGAGCUCCAGGUCAUGCCCGGAAACAUCGUUUUUGUCUUGAAGAAGGGCAACGAUAACUGGGCUACCGUCAUGUUCAACGGGCAGAAGGGGCUGGUUCCCUGCAACUACCUUGAACCAGUUGAACUGCGGAUCCAUCCUCAACAGCAGCCCCAGGAGGAAACCUCCCUGGAGUCUGAUAUCCCAGCUCCUCCCAGUUUCAGUGCUCCUGGGAGACCCCAGCUGUUGCCAGGUCAGAAGGAAAAAGAAGAGCUCAAGGACAUGAAGCUCACUGUCCCCAUGCCCUACACACUCAAGGUGCACUACAAGUACACGGUGGUCAUCGAAGCUCAGACUGGACUCCCCUACGGCCAGGUCCGGGACAUGGUGGCUAAGAAACUGGAGCUCCUGCCGGAACACACCAAGCUGAGCUAUCGGCCUCGGGACAACAAUGAGCUGGUACUGCUUUCAGAAGAGAGCAUGAAGGAUGCGUGGAGCCAAGUGAAAAACUAUUGCCUGACUCUGUGGUGUGAGAACACAGUGGGUGACCAAGGCUCUCCAGAUGAACCCAAGGGAAGUGAAAAAUCCGAUGCUAAUGACCAGACAACAGAACCGCAGCUUAAGGAAGGGAGCCAAGUGGUUGCACUCUUUAGUUUUGAGGCUACCCAACCAGAAGAUCUGGAGUUUCUAGAGGGGGACGUAAUCCUGGUAAUAUCAACGGUAAAUGAAGACUGGCUGGAAGGGGAGUGCAAAGGGAAGAUUGGCAUUUUCCCCAAAGCUUUUGUUGAACAACGUGCAACUACAGCCUUGGAAAGCAAUCCUAGAGGAGUCUAGGCUGUUUCAAACUACAAAGGUGAAGGAAAGGAGGUACUACCUUUGAAAGAUGUAGCAUGCCUCUGUUGUAGGGAGACAUUGUUUGGAACUGUGAACUAAUCUUCCUGUUAAAAGGUAACCUAUCAGACAAUGGUGUGAGAAUUAGGAUGAUGAUUAUGCUGGGGGUGGGACUGGGUAAGGGGGAUGGUUGGAAGUGUAUGGAAGGAUAUGAAGGGGUUGGGUCUUCUAGGGUGCUGAUAAUGUUUCUUGCUCUGAGUGCUAGCUGUCCAGAUGUGUUCACUUUGUGAAAAUUCACUUACUUGUAUAUUUACUAAUGGUGCACUUCUCUGUAUGUGUGAUGCCUUAAUAAAAAACUUAAAUACCAAGACACCUGGAGUACAGGCCCAAGGCCUAAGUGUAAAAAAUAUCCCUAUUCCUGUACCAUUACUGUUGCAGACUUCUAGAACCUGAAGUAACCAUACAAGUAAGUCAGAGGGCAUACACACUCAAAAUUAAUGUUUCUUUUUUGGUUUAAAGUCUUACUGCUUAAACAGACUCUCAACUGAGUUAGAUACCCAUGGAAUACUGCUUUCAAGUCCAUAGAGAUUUAAAAUACUAAAACUACAUUCCUUUAUGUCUUCUCCAAGAAACAUUUGUUGAAUUCAAUACUGCAUAUAUGCCACAAACACUUAAGUGAUGAAAAGAAGCCUUGUUUAGGAAGCCAGCUCAUUAGUAAUACACUGUUAGUUAACAUUUCAUAGAAUGUACAUACUAAUAUUUAUGAUAGAAUGCUACGGUUGUAUUUUGUUUAUCAUUUAACUGAGUGGCCUGGUUUUUCAGGGUUUACUUGGGUGAAGGAUUCCAUAAAUACUAGACCUUAGGACCUGGUCUUAAUUACCCUCCCCCUUCCUUACUGUAGAGUAUGACUUAGUUAACAAUUUCUCAAGCAUGUAGGUGCCUGUGAAAAGCAGAGUUAAGAAAUGAAGUGUAGAUGGAAUCAACACCUGGUGAAGGACGGUUGGUCAAGGUGAAUACCCACCACUCAGCUAUGGAACUGGCCUUUAGCACACUGCUGAAGGCCCAGCGGGUUACCACUGAAAAUACUUCAAGUGUAACCCCAAAGCUAAGCACACUAUUUAGUGUCACUGCUCAUCAGACAGUGAAUGCUAUAGGCCAAGAAGAUAAACUACCUCUGAAUUGCCUUGUUAACAGUAACAGGGGUGAAAAUGGUGGGUUGUUAACUCCUUUGCAUAAGCCAUGCUUUAG